AUGCCGUCGACACACAAGAAAGACAAGCCCUGGGACACCGACGACAUCGACAAGUGGAAGAUUGAGACUUUUACCGCAAAGGACAAUGCAGGCGGGACAUUUGCCGAGGAAUCAUCAUUCGUCACGCUCUUCCCAAAGUACCGCGAAGUCUACCUGAAAGAGGUGUGGCCGCUCAUCACCAAAGCGCUGGAGAAGCACGGCAUUGCCUGCACGCUCGAUCUCGUAGAAGGUUCGAUGACGGUCAAGACGACGAGGAAAACUUUUGAUCCAGCUGCCAUCCUGAACGCGCGCGAUCUGAUCAAGCUGCUGGCACGAAGCGUCCCCGCUCCCCAAGCCGUCAAGAUCCUCGACGACGGCGUCGCCUGCGACAUCAUCAAGAUUCGAAACCUCGUGCGGAAUAAGGAGCGCUUCGUCAAGCGCCGACAGCGGAUACUGGGGCCCAACGGCUCUACUCUCAAGGCACUCGAGCUCCUGACGGAGACGUACAUACUCGUGCACGGCAACACGGUGUCGGCCAUGGGGCCGUACAAGGGCUUGAAGGAGUUGCGGAGGGUGGUCGAGGACUGCAUGAACAACAUCCACCCCAUCUAUCACAUUAAGGAGCUCAUGAUCAAGCGCGAGCUGGCCAAGGACCCCGAGCUGGCCAACGAGAGCUGGGAUCGCUUCCUACCAAACUUCAAGAAGAAGACGCUGAGCAAGCGACGCGUGCCGCUCAAGGUCACGGACAAGACCAAGAAGGUGUACACGCCAUUCCCGCCGGCGCCGGAGAAGAGCAAGGUGGACAAGCAGAUUGAGAGCGGCGAGUACUUCCUCAGUAAGGAGGCCAAGGACAGGGCGGCGCUCAGCGACCGCAAGGAGAAGCAGAAGCAGGCAAAGGAUGACAGGGCAAAGGAGCGGGCCGCGCAGUUUGUGCCUCCCGAAGAGGAUAGGCCCAAGAAGAAGCGGAAGAAGAGCUCUGAGUAA